UGGUCAAAAACCAUAGGUCCAUUUUGGGGUAAAAAUUCGAAUAUGCAAAUAAUAACUUAUUCGAAAGAGCUCAUUUUUCUGUCAUUUGACUUCAUUUUACCAACCCUAACUCGUGGACAUCCCUUCAUUAUUCGUCUUUAUUGUACAUUUCAAGACAAUGACCGCCUUUACUUUGCUUUAGCAUAUGCAAAACACGGAGAAUUAUUAGAUUGGUUAAGGCGUUUAGGGUCUUUCGACGAAGAAGCAACUUUAUUUUACGCUUCAGAAAUUCUCUGUGCUCUAGAAUUUCUGCAUAAAUGCAAAAUUAUUCACAGAGAUUUAAAACCAGAAAAUAUUUUGGUUGGGAAAGAUUGGCAUAUUAUGCUGUCUGAUUUUGGAACUUCCAAAAUAAUUAAUUCUGAACAGACAAAUAAAGAACAAUUACCCCAACAAAUUUUGGAUGAUGUAACAACAACAUUACCGCCCCCACCAACUUCCUCCCCCAACAAAAAUAGUGGGGGCGUUAGAAGUUCUUUUGUCGGUACAGCACAUUAUAUAAGUCCGGAAGUUCUAAAAUCUGAAGAUGUUGGGUCUGAAUGUGAUUAUUGGGCAUUGGGGGCUAUUAUCUUUCAAAUGAUUUCUGGACAGCCGCCUUUUCGAGCAGUAAAUGAAUACAAAAUUUUGAAGAAAAUUCUUGGAUUAGAUUUUCACUUCCCAGACGGGUUCCCUUCAAUUGCCAAACAAUUAGUUAGUGGAUUACUUGUUUAUAAACCAAGCGAACGUCUUGGAAGUGCUGCCAAUGGAGGAAUAGAAGCGCUAAAAAGACACGAAUUUUUUAAGAAUGUCAAUUGGGAAAAUAUUUAUACAAGAAAACCGCCAGAAUUAAAACCUUAUUUGCCUGCUAGUUGUGGAGAACCAGCAUUUUAUAGUGAUUAUAAUCCCUUAUCUGGAAAUAUUGAGCCUGGAUUAAAUGAAGCAGCGCUUUAUAGAUUAAUGGGGUUGGGGCCUUCUGUUGGCGGUAGUGGGGGAUGUACUUCACUUAAAGGAUUUAUGGAUUUUGAUUGUAUCGAAGAUUUUUUACCCUCAACAUGCUCAAUCCCUCCAAGCGCCUCCGCCUCUUCUUCCUGCUCUUCUUUUAGCUCAACCCCAACAACUUCCUCUUUCCAAACUUCAACAGAUUUAAACGAAACAACAAAUUUAUUAUUAUUUUCGAGUUUAACAGAAGAAGAAAGGGAAAGGAGAAGAAAAUGCCAACUUGAACGUCAAAAACAAGAACAUAAAUACCACCAAUUUGUCCAAAAUAAUUUAAUAUUAAAAUGUGGAUUAAUUGACAAAAAGAAGGGACUUUUUGCUAGAAGAAGAAUGUUUCUUCUUACUGAAGGACCCCAUUUAUUUUAUGUUGAUCCUGUUUCAAUGCAUUUAAAGGGGGAAGUCCCCUUUUCGGCUCAAAUGAGGACAGAAGCGAAGAAUUUUCGAACUUUUUUUGUUCAUACGCCAAAAAGGACAUAUUAUCUAUUCGAUCCAGAACGGCAUGCAAAGGAUUGGUGUGAUGCUAUUGACUGGGCUCGUGAACAACACUUUUCUUCUUUAAACAAAUCAAAAGACAAAGUUUCAACAAAAAUAAUUGGACAAACUUGUGACAAUCAAGGAGGGGGAAAUAUUCACAAUAGCAGCAGCGUUACUAAACUUUUUUCUGGAAGAACCAAAAGUCCUUCUUCGGGUGUUGAAUAA